AAGCUAAAUGGUUAAAUCAAUGCAGAUUAUAUUAAAAUAAUAAUAAUUAGUGAUUAAUCUGUUGAAAUAUUUAUUAAUUAAAUUGCUCGGAACCUUGAUUUCAACAUUUGGCCUGGUUUUAAAAUCUGUUUGGUGUCUUCAGUGAAAAAUAUUUGCAGAUAUUUCAAUAGAUAGUUUGGUAUCUUUAUCAGUAUCUUUUUCUCAUUUGAUUCAAAACACUGCUUUCAUUGAAAAUUUAGUUUAAACAUUCAACGUGUUUUUUCACUUUAUUUUUCUCCUGUUUUGUUGUUGUGAAUUAUUCUUUGUUUUGAAUUGAAAUUUGUCCAAUAUGCCAAAAACAAAACCACGGAUUGACAAAAAGAAAGGUGUUACUUUUAGACUUGUCCACAGAAGUCAACAUGAUCCUUUAAUUGCUGAUGAAACUGCUCCUCAACAUGUUUUACAAGAAGUUGUUGCUUCUAAAGAAAAAGAAACUCAUAAGGAAGAACAAAUUAAAUAUGGUAUCUAUUUCGACGACAAUUAUGAUUACUUGAAGCAUUUGAAAUCCAGGGAUGAAUUCGAUCGAGAAUGGGAAAUGGUUGAAGAAACAAAAAAGACUAAUCAUAAAUUGAAACUACCAUCAUCUGUUUUUCCAUCUGUAAUUGAGGAGGAUGAAGGUAUGCUCAAUAAAGCUGCUCCUGUUAGUGGACCACAACUUAAUGUCGAUCCUGAUAUAAUUGCUGCCAUGGAUGAUGAUUUUGAUCUAGAAGAUCCAAGUAAUCAGCUCACAGAUGAUUAUUUGACUGAAAUUUUAGAGAGUGGCCUUGUUCAAAAGGAAGAUAAUGAAUCAUCUGAUGACGAGGAUUGUCAGCCCAAUUAUUCAAUGUCUAGAUUUACUAAGGAACGGUACGUCUACGAUGAUGAUGAAGAAGGCGAGGAGGAAGAUGAAGACACUGAAUCUAUUGAUUCUGAAGAUGAGGGAUCAUUCUGCUUCGAAGAAGAUUCAAACGACAAAACUUUGACUAAAGAAGAAACAAAAUCAGUUUUCACUGAAUACUCUCUAACGUCUUCAGUGUUACCGCGUAAUGAAGGACUAUCUUUGAUUGAUGAAAAAUUUGAAGCCAUGUUUGAAAAAGAGUAUGGAAACGAUAUGGAUUUGGGUGCACUUGAUUUGGACGAUAUUGAAGGAUCUAUAAAUCCCAAUAAAUGCCAAGCUUUAAAAAAAUUGAUACAAGACGAGGAAGACUUGAAACAAGUGAAAUUACUGUCAAAAGAUGAUAAAAUUAAGACUUUAACUUUGAAUGGUGAGGAGAAUAGCGACAAUACAGACACAGAAAAUGACUUGGUCCAAUUGGAGAUUGAAUUAGAUGCUGGUAAACACGGAGAAAGACUUUACGACUGUGAAUCAGUCCUAUCAACUUAUUCAAAUCUUUACAACCACCCUAAAUUAAUUCGUACUGAGCGUUCAGCACCCAAGAAAUUAAACAUAGAUCCUGUUUCAGGAGUUAUUGUAUCUCCAAACACAGGAUUAACAAAGAAAAAUCUACGAGAGCUGGAUGUAAUCAACGAUUCUGAUGGUAAAAAAUCAGGACCUAGAUCCAGUUAUUCCAGAAUAUCUAGAAUAAGUGAGCUUUCUGAAAGAGAUAAAAAUGAAUCUCCAGAAGAAAGAAAAGCUAGAAAAGCUGCUUUCAAAGAAAUGAAAAGAGAGAGGAGAAUAGAAAAGAAAGCCAAUCGAACCGCGUUUAAGAUGGAAAGUGAUAAUCAAAAACGAGAUAUGGUUCAUCUGCGUAAUAAUGUAAAUUCCAUGAAAUUAAUUUAAAUAAUAAAGGAUGAAAUUUUAUUUGUUCUGUUAA